AAAGCGGUCACGCUUUCACUUUUCAUAAACUGUUUCAUAUUUGAGUCCUUACAAAAUGUACAAAACAGAAAGCCAAAUUACGAGACUCUUCUUCUCAAUGACCUCUUAAAAGACUACGACAAAAGAAGCCGUCCCGUCGAAGACAUUCAUUCACCGCUGACGAUUAAUUUUAGCAUUUCAUUGCAUCAAAUUCUUCAAGUGGACGAAAAGCAUCAGGUCAUCACCACGAACUUGUGGCGGUUUUUAUUCUGGAAAGACGAAUUUUUGAAAUGGAAUCCGGAAAAUUAUGGGAACAUUACGCAAAUGUCAAUUACUCGUACCGAAAUUUGGGCACCCGACAUUCAACUCUACAAUCUAGCCGAGUACGACAUGGACAUUAAGGGCUAUACCAGAAAUAUUCUAACCAACGACGGAAAAAUCUCAGAUGGACUACCGAUGCUGAUCAAAUCAACAUGCAAGAUCGAUGUGACGUGGUUUCCGUUCGACGAACAGAAAUGCUUGCUGAUAUUUGGUAGCUGGAGCUUCUCCUCAACGGAACUGCGUUUGGAACUAUCGGAGAAUGUUCCAUCUUACAUGAAUGGGUUGACCAGCAAUGGAGAAUGGCAAGUGUUGGGGGUAACGGCUGAAACGGGAUUACAGUUCGACCAUCAUCAACCGACUGAACUGUAUGUCGUCGUCAAUUACACAAUUCAUUUGAAACGGCGAACGGUUUACUACUUUUUCAAUUUGCUCGUUCCGUGUGGUCUGAUUGGAUUUCUUUCGGUUUUGGGCUUCACCUUACCACCGGAAUCGGGUGAAAAAUUGCCGCUUGGUGCCAGCAUACUCUUUUCCCUCAUUGUAUUUCUCAAUAUGAUCAGCGAGUCAAUGCCAGCCAGUUCGGAUGCUGUACCGCUUUUGGGAACUUACUUCAAUUGCAUCAUGUUUUCGAUUGCGCUGAGCGUUGUUUCUACAAUAGUCGUGAAUCUCAAUAUGAAUGCGGUACAUCCUAAGCACAUACAAGGACGCUCAAAGAAACUGUUUAUGUACUGGCUGCCUCAGUUACUCUGCAUGAAAAAACCGUCAUUUAUCGAACAAAUGGGCCAAAUACCACCCAUCAGCAAAAGGAAGAUUAGCGACACCAAUGCAAUGUGUACAGUUCCGUUGGAUGUAGCAUGGAAGCAACAGUGGAUAUUUAUUGCAGCUGUAGUCGAUAGAUUGUGUUUGAUAUGCUCGCUACUCUUCACAUGUGUCUCUGUGACUGUUUUUCUUGCUAAUGCAUUUUGAGAUGAUUUGAAUUGAUGAUUUGACGUACCAAUCCUAGGACAACAAUGAGUCUACGGACACCUACAGUUCUUUAUUCAUAAUCGUUUUUUAUGAA